CGUCUUCUUCCCCAAAAGUCAUCUUCAAUUCAUCAUCACCGGCUUCAACCCUACCCACCUGCUUGCUUUUCAUAUAUAUGUGUAUACAGAGACGAAGCUGCAGAGAUAAGCUACGGACAGCAUUUUUGCUUAUUUUGUUGAUUGUUGUUGUGGGUCGAGCUAGUUGAGAAUAUUAAGGGAUGUCGGUUUACACGGUGAAGGUGGAAGAGUCGAGGGCGGCCGCCGGCGAGAGGCCGUCGGCGGGGCCCGUUUACAGGUGCAUUUAUGCCAAAGAUGGGCUGUUGGGGCCGCCGGCCGGCGUGGACUCCCCCUGGCAGUUCUUCUGUGAUUCUGUUGAGAGGAACGCGAAAAAUCACAUGCUUGGUCGCCGUCCCAUCGUUGAUUCAAAGGUGGGUUCUUACGAGUGGCAAACAUAUGAGGAGGCUUAUGGUGCAGCUGUUCGAAUCGGUUCCGCCAUCAGGAGCCGCGGUGUCAACCCAGGUGGUCGAUGCGGGAUAUAUGGAGCGAACUGCCCAGAAUGGAUAAUUACAAUGGAGGCUUGUAACAGCCAAUCCAUAAUCUAUGUACCACUAUAUGACACUCUUGGUGCUAAUGCAGUGGAAUUCAUCGUCAACCACACUGAAGUAUCAGUUACUUUUGUUCAAGAGAGCAACAUGACAGCUAUGCUAACAUGUCUCCCAAGGUGUAAUUCACUCCUAAAAACUAUUGUCAGUUUUGGAAAUAUAUCUAGCACACAAAAGAAGGAUGCUGAAGAAUAUGGAGUAUCUUGCUACUCUUGGGAAGAAUUUGCUUUAAUGGGAAGUUUGGAUUGUGAGAUUCCUCCAAAACGGAAGAGUGAUAUUUGCACAAUAAUGUAUUCUAGUGGAACAACAGGAGAACCAAAGGGUGUCAUUCUAACUAAUGAGGCUAUUAUGGCAGAAGUCUUGUCUGUGGACCAACUAUUAUUUGAAACAGACAAAGCGGCUACAGCUGAAGAUACUUACUUCUCAUACCUUCCUUUAGCCCAUGCAUUUGAUCAGAUUAUGGAGACAUAUUGCAUCUACAAGGGCUCUUCAAUAGGAUUCUGGCAAGGCGAUGUCAGAUACUUGAUCGAGGAUAUUCUGGAACUGAAGCCAUCUAUAUUUUGUGGGGUUCCUAGAGUUUAUGACCGUAUAUACAAUGGCAUAGUCAACAAAAUUUCUUCAGGAGGUGCAUUAAGAAAGACAUUAUUCCAAUAUGCUUAUAACUACAAGCUGAGGAAUCUGGAGAAGGGACUGCAACAGGACAAAGCUGCACCUCUAUUGGACAGGCUUGUCUUUGAUAAGAUCAAAGAAGGACUUGGAGGACAAGUCCGUCUCUUGUUAUCUGGAGCUGCACCUUUGCCUAGGCAUGUGGAAGAGUUUCUGAGGGUCACAAGCUGCUGUGUCUUGUCACAAGGAUAUGGUCUUACAGAAAGUUGUGGCGGGUGUUUUACAUCUAUAGCCAAUGUGUUCUCUAUGAUGGGAACUGUUGGAGUGCCCAUGACAACCAUUGAAGCCAGGCUUGAGUCUGUGCCAGAGCUGGGAUAUGAUGCACUUUCAAGUGUCCCACGUGGAGAAAUCUGCCUUAGGGGGAAUACGUUGUUCUCAGGUUACCACAAACGACAAGAUCUUACCGAAAGUGUUCUCAUUGAUGGAUGGUUCCAUACAGGUGAUAUUGGAGAAUGGCAGCCUGAUGGAGCAUUGAAAAUUAUUGAUAGGAAAAAGAAUAUUUUCAAGUUGUCCCAAGGGGAAUAUGUUGCAGUGGAGAAUAUUGAAAGCAUGUAUCUGAGUUGCCCUCUUAUAACAUCAAUUUGGGUUUAUGGUAGCAGUUUUGAGUCCUUCCUUGUGGCUGUGGUGGUCCCUGACAGAAAGGCACUUGAGGAUUGGGCAGCAAACCAUAAUGAAAUUGGAGAUUACAAAUUGUUGUGUGAAAAUUUGAGUGCAAGGAAAUACAUUUUAGAUGAGCUUAAUAGCACUGGCAAGAGACAUCAACUUAGAGGUUUUGAGAUGCUAAGAGCAGUUCAUUUGGAGCCAAAUCCUUUUGACAUAGAAAGGGAUCUGAUAACUCCAACAUUUAAACUGAAGAGGUCGCAGUUGCUCAAGUGUUACAAGGACUGCAUAGAUCAAUUGUAUGUUGAAGCAAAAGGAAUAAAGAAAUGAAAGUGUUGGCAGGACCUGAUAGCCAGGCAUACAUGGUAUACAGAUUAGCGGCAUGCUUGUGAACAGUUAGAGAAGGAAGUCAGCUUAUAUUACGAAGAAAGACUAUAUAGACUUAUGUCACUCAUCUUGUUUGUAUAUAGUGAGAGGGCCCAAGUUUUCAGAAUAUAUGUUUUGAUUGUAUUGUCGCACUGUAUGUUGAUACAAUUGCACGAGUUGGAUUAGUAUUUCUACAAGAAUGUCACCCUUAGAUUGGUGCAAUCUGAAAAAAAUGAUGAUUGAAGAAAUGAGAAAUAAAACAAUUUAUCCUCGAA